AAUUCUUUACACUAUGGUAAUACAUUCAAGAAUAAAAUAUAUUCGUAUGUAAAAUUCGGCUUUUAUCAUUUCGAAAAAGAAAUAAUGUGCGAAUUUCAGUUUAAAUAUGUUCGUAUUCGUAUUCGUGCAAGAUAAGAAUACUAAAUGAAUAAAGAUGUACGAGUUACAUAAAGUUUGUUUUCAAAGUUUUUAGUUAUAAAUAAACAUUAGACGAUAAGCGAAAAAUAUAAAUGGGAAGACUCGCGUGUACGGUUCAUUCACAAAACAAAGAAAUUUGGUAGUUAAUCGAUUUCUUUUCUAACCUCAAAAUUAUUUCGUGAGUGUUUUAAGGUCAAGGUUCGGUAUUGUUGUAGAUCACGUGUAAUCGAGGAAUCCGUUCCGUGUAUAAGUAGGGCACAGCACACAGCGAGCGGCUCGUUUCACUCACCUAACCGCUUAAAACCUGAGUUACUCCGUGCAAUUAUUUAAUCAAUUAAGCGGCAAUGGGAUCCUGGCCUGAAGAUGUGGGCAUUCUUGCCAUCGAAACCGUUUUUCCAUCGCUCUAUGUGGACCAAACAGAAUUGGAACAGUACGAUGGUGUUAGUGCCGGGAAAUAUACCGUCGGUUUGGGUCAACAUAAAAUGGGCAUUUGUGGUGACCGGGAAGAUAUCAACUCGAUCUGUUUAACAGUCGUUCAAAAUUUAAUGGAACAUUACGAUAUCAAGUAUACUGAUAUUGGCCGUUUAGAAGUUGGGACCGAGACAAUAAUUGAUAAAUCCAAAAGUGUUAAAAGUGUGUUAAUGCAGUUAUUCGAACCACACGGUGUUAUGGAUAUUGAAGGUAUCGAUACUACAAAUGCGUGCUACGGAGGAACUGCUGCACUUUUUAAUGCGAUUGCAUGGGUGGAGUCAUCCGAUUGGAAUCACAGGUAUGCUCUUGUGGUUACUGCGGACAUUGCGGUCUAUGCAGAAGGACCUGCCAGACCAACAGGCGGUGCAGGCGCCGUCGCAAUGUUAAUUGGUCCAAAUGCACCUUUAGUUUUCGACCGUCAUGUGCGUGCCACUUACAUGCGGCAUGUGUACGAUUUUUAUAAACCAGAUCUAGCAUCCGAAUUUCCAAAAGUAGAUGGUAAGCUUUCAAUAGAAUGUUAUCUAAACGCUUUAGACACUUGUUACCAAUUAUAUUGUAAACGCGCUUCAAAACGUGACAGCAAGGAGACUCCUGUCGACUUGAACCACUUCGACUACCUCCUAUUCCAUACGCCAUUCUGCAAAUUGAUGCAAAAGUCCGUCGGACGACUAGGCCUGAACGAUUUUCUCUCCACCUCGCCCGGUUUAAUACCUCAGCUGUACCCUGGAUUAAACAACUAUAGAAAGGUCGACCUCAAUAAUUCGUAUUUCGAUAAGGACGUAGAAAAAACCUUCAUGACUACAACGAAAGGUAGCUUCGAAACAAAAACACAACCCACUCUGCUGCUCGCAAAUCAAAUUGGUAAUAUGUAUACCGCUUCACUUUAUGGGGGGUUAGUGUCGCUCCUUAUAAAUCAGAAUAUCGAGCAAAUCGCCGGCAGUAAAAUUGGGCUUUUUUCUUAUGGAUCCGGAUUAGCAUCCACAAUGUAUUCGAUCACGGUGACGAAAGAUUCCAACGACAACUCGCAACUUUACAAAUUAAUUUCUAAUCUAAAAAAUGUUAAAACCAAAUUGGAACAAAGACUAAAAAUUUCACCCGAAAAGUUUAUGACGAUGUUAGCUGUGCGACAACAGAACUAUAACAAAGCACCUUUCAAACCAAUCGGUAGAGUAGAAGAUUUAUUUCCCGGAACUUACUAUUUAGUAGAGAUUGACGAAAUGUAUCGUAGACAUUAUAGGAGACAUAUUACAAGUAGUAAUGGCUCAGUUUAGAAUUUAUUGUAAAUCUGUAUUACAAUGGACUAAAUUUAAAUGAUAAUAGAAGUUUCUAUUCUGAAAACAAAUUACAAUAAAAAUGGUGCUUUGUAAAGUAACAAUAUGUCAACAUGUAGCUUAUAGAAAUUUUAUGUAAAUACCCCAGAAUCUCUCGCUUCUCUUAAUUGUCAUGUUUUUUACAUUUGCAAGCAAAAAAAAGUCUCAAUUACAUUAUGUUCCUCACUACUAAUUCCUAUCCAAAUGCAGCCUUUUAUCUUUACGACUCUAGUCAUACCAUUUAGCAUUGAUCUGAAUUGUAGUUUAUCUCCGUGUUAAUUUUUUUAAAUUUUAUGUGUAACACCUGUACUUGUUACCAGAUUGUCUGAGGCCAGUGUUACCUCUCGGCUAACUGCAUAAUCACAUUUAUAAGCUUAAGUGUAUCUUAGGAAAUUUUUAAGUUUUAUAUCGUGUAAAUUUACACUUUUAUUUAAUUAUACUUAGGUAGCAUCUGUAGUAUUUAUUUUACAUAUCACUUUUAACUUUAUAGCAGGAUAAGUAAUUCUUGUUAUUUACUUUUAAGUAUUAUUAUGGUGUUAGAUGUUUUAUGAUUUAGAGAAUAAAUAUGAGAAAUUUGGAAUUCCUAAUAGGUGCACUAUGUGCCUCCCCCUAUAACAUGAUUCCAAUGGAUAAUGAAGACAAUAUGUACCUAUUUGUUAAAUUUAGAAAUAAGAUUGUUGGUAAAAAUGUUAAUAAAAUAUCUCAACUUUA